AUGCCUCGACCCAACCAGACUCAAGGGGACCGCCGCAUGCCGAUCCGUCCGAUUCACACCAUCUCCGGUAGCUCACUGUCGCCAGCCAGCCCCGGCUUGACUACAACCGUCUGCCAACUGGCAUACAACCCGGUCGGUCACAACAGCCCUCGGACGGCCGGAGUGAAUCGAGGCAUCUUCUUUUGCCCUGGGCGUCCGACCCGACACCCACUCAGCCGGGCCAGCGACAGUCCUAUCGUGGGAAGGCACUCACGUCUGCACACCGAGUCGCAGGUUCACAGAUCUGUCUCGGGGCCGCCUAGAGACACAGACCGACAAGCGGAUCUCGUGUGGACUCGAGUCUCGACGGAGCGACUUCUGCACUCGGCCGGGCCACGAGUCAUCGCGGACCGGAGGCGUCACGAGGGCAUCAGUGGCCAAAUGUUCGGUGAACUCGGCGUGUAUCUCGGCCUUGUUACCGGCCACGCGCACAACAAGUGGAUGGGGGUAGAGAAUGGGAUUUUC